UGCAAGAACAGCGCGAGCAUACAGCCUACAGCCAGUCCGUUAUCGACAACCGCCGCGGACGGCAGUCGCGGUCGAUUUAAAAAAUAAAAAAAAGUUUACACCUAAAACUCCGCGAGUGUGUUCCGUUGCCGCAAAAAAGAAAAAAUCAUCCCGUUUUAUUCCAAAGGUUCAACUUGGCAUGAACGCGACAUAAAUGCAAGAAACCUCCACAGUAGCGCCUCAGACCGAAAAGGGUGUAACUGCGAAAUUUCUAUUUUACAUAAAAGACAUCACGUUCAUAUAUUUCAAAUUCGUUGUUUAUGCAGUAAUAAUUUACAGUCUUUUCUAUUAUUAUGAUUAUUAUUUUGGAUGAUAAAUAAACAAGUGAUGAGCAGGUGAUAAUGUGAAUGAAGUGAGAAGUGACACAGUCAGUGAAGUGAAUAAAAAGGAUGUUUUGAGGAGUGAAAAAGAACACUUUUGGUACUUCGAAUUGAUUCUGGGAGUGUUUUAAGGUCACGCAAUGAAGCGGAGACACAGAUGGGUGGGCGUCAGCUUAUUCUGUAUAAGUGUCACCUUGUUAGCAUCCCAGCUGCCUUCAGCAUCAGCCGUGCGUGCCACGUCGCUGAUCUUCCAGAAGACUACCACCACCACCCCAGCUCCUGAGGAACCAUCAGGGCCUGACGAUGAAGCCCAGGUGGAACCGACUGCCGAAGGCGCUGCGGAACAACAGAACAGCACAAGCAAGUUGACAGGAAUACCACAGAUCGACUAUAUAUACGACCCAAAUCUCCCGCGCGAGCUGAACGGGUACAACCUCACCGAGUACCCUUUCUACGAGACUGUACCUCCACCGGAAUUGAUCGACUUCAAAUGUGACGGGUUACACGACGGAUUUUACGCUUCAGUGCCACAUAAGUGUCAGGUAUACCACCAUUGUCUGUUUGGCACGCGAUACGAUUUCCUGUGCGCUAACUACACAGCGUUCGAUCAGAAGACAUUCAUUUGCCAUUUCGUAUCCGAAGUUGACUGCAAGAAUUCGCCUAAUUAUUUUAACAGGAACGAAGCUCUCUACAAAGCCACUACUACCGCCCCCCCUCCCACCACAACAACUACAACGACCACUACAACUACAGUCCGCCCCCCUCGGCCGGGACGUCGUCGUCCCCCCUCUAGAUACGACUACUACGACUACGCAGAUGAAGAUUACGAAUACGACGACAGGCCUAGAAGGACUAGACCUCGUGCUCAAGGCAGACCCGGGAAAAGGCGACCUCAAGACGACUACGAUGACGACAGAUAUGAACGUCGUCCAAGGCCGAGAGACGAGGCGGAAGACGAAUUUGAAGAACGCAGACCGUACGAUAGAAGACCGGCGAAAAGACCGCAGUACGAUAGAAGACCUUACGAUGAAGACGAAGACAGAAGACCAGGGUAUAGAAAUAGACGACCUGUUAGACCACGAGACGACGAUGAUGAUAGAUACGCAGAAGAAAGACCAAGAGGAGGACAGAGAGAUCAGAAAAGAGAUGAUUUGAGACCCAGAGACAAGAGACCGAGGGAUGAAUACAGGCCUAGGGAUGAAGUGCGGGCUAAAGAAGACCUUCCUAGGGAAGAAACUAAGUCGAGGGAUGAAAUAAGACCGAGAGAUGAAAUAAGACCAAGGGGUGAAAUUAGACCAAGGGAUGAAAUUAGACCAAGGGAUGAAAUACGGCCUAGGGAUGAAAUCAGACCAAGGGAUGAAAUUAGAGGUAGGGAUGAAAUUAGACCUAGAGAUGAAGUCAGAUCAAGAGAUGAAAUAAGACCUAGAGAUGAAAUAAGGCCAAGAGAUGAAGUCAGACCAAGAGACGAGUACAGGCCGAGGGAUGAAAAAAGACCUAGAGACGAUAGAGUACGAGAUGAGAUUAGACCACGUGAAAACCUAAGACCACGGGAUGAAAGGAGACCUUCUAGAGAUGAAGAUUUAGCUGAACCUAAAAGACCUAGGGAUGACCGAUAUCCUACUAACGAAGGUCGAAGAUAUCGCGACGAAAGACCUUACAGGAUCAGAGACGAUAGACCUUACACCAAACCUGAUAGAUAUGACGAUGAUAAAGUAGACGAGAAAAGGGAGAUCCCAUCAGCUCCUGAAACCCAAGGUCUUGUAAAACCCAACGGCCAUGGGCUUUUCAGCAAACCAAGAAUGCCUCCGAAAAUCAAAAGACCAGUCCCAGUAAACGCUAAAGAGAAAUUUGAAUACGUAACAGUUGCAACUACAAAAGCGCCACCUAAAGCUGACGAUGACGACGAAUAUUACGAUGAUUACGAAGACGAAGAACCUACUAGACCCUCGUCUUCAGGGAAAUCGUCCACGAUUCACCAGAGACCGAAAACGGAACCCGUUGAAAAGGAAAAAUUCAAACCUUCCCGUCCACAUGUUUCGAGUCAAUCUGCCAAUUAUAAAGAGAGGAAAGCGGCUAAAAAGCCUAAUUAUGAAGACGAAUAUUACGACGACGUUGAAUAUAAAAAACCGCGUCCUUUAGCCAAAGUCGAGCAAAAACCUAAAGUGACGACACUGAUUGACGAUUAUUACUAUGACGAUUAUGAAGAAAUUAAAGAUAUAAAAGAGAAAAAAGUAGUCGCUAAACAACAAGAAGAUAUAACGGAUAAAAUUAAAGAUAUCAGGCCUAAUGUAAAAGUUUUCAAGCGUCCUUUUUUACCGUCUAGGGGUGGUAGUCCCUAUUUACCUAGGGGCUUGCAGCCUGUCAACGGAAAAGUUAUGACUGCACCUCCCAAAACCACCCCUAAACCCACUACAACCACUUCUACAACGACCACUACUACCCCUAGGACUAAAACUACAAGAAAAACUACUACUACUGCGAGAUUAACAACUACAGAAUCUAGUUUGGCUGAAAAACUAACAGCUCCCGAAGAUGAAUAUGAAUAUUACGACGAGGAAGACAUAGAAUAUGAUGUUAAAAAACCAUCACCUUUAUCCACUGCACAUCCAUAUGUAAACAGAGAUGACGAAGAAAUUGAAACGCGAAAAUCAAAAGCAUCUCAUGAACCCGAUAUACAGAUAGAAGAACAAGACUAUUAUCCCGAAGAACCGAAAUUAGACCAGGAAGAACCAGAAUUGGAUACUCGAGAAGAAUCAGAAUUCGAAACUUUAAAACCCGAAAUCAAAACGUAUUCACCGGAAAUCAAAACACGUCCGCCCGAAUUAAAAACUCGUCCACAAACGUUGAGAAGUCAUUUCCAUGAAGUCAGAACUCACAAACCUGAAUUGAGAAGUCGACCAUAUGAAUAUGAAACUCAAUCGCCAGAAGUCAAACUUCAUGAUCUUGAAUUCAAAACUCAUACGCCAGAAGUAAAACAUCAUUCGAAUGAAUUCAAAACUCAUACGCCAGAAGUCAUACCCCAUUCACAUGAAUUCAAAACUCAUACGCCAGAAGUAAAACAUCAUUCACAUGAAUUCAAAACUCAUACGCCAGAAGUCAAAACCCAUAUACAUGAAUUCAAAACUCAUUCACCAGUAGUCAAACCUCAUCCACAUGAAUUCAAAACUCAAUCGCCAGAAUUGAAAACUCAUACUCCUGAAUUAAAAACUCACACAAACGAAUAUAAAACUCGUCGAACAGAUUUCAAAACUCAUGCCCCAGAAUUUAUAACGCAUGCACCAGAAAUCAUAACUAGUCCAGAAAUUUUUGAAAAACAUCCACCAGAAUUCAAAACGGAUUCACCAGACUUCAUAGCUCGUCCACAAGAAUUUAAAACUCAACCGCCAGAAUUAAAAACUAGCGCGCCCGUAACGGAAUCGCGAUACCAAGAAUUGAGGACUUAUGAACCAGAAAUUGUAACGGACAAACCCGAAAUCUUAACUCGCAGACCUGAAACUAAAACACAAAAACCUGAAAUCAUAACGCACAGUCCGGAAAUCUUCUCUCAUGAACCUAAAAUCAUAACCCAAGAACCGGAAAUCAUAACGCAUGCAGCAGAAAUUGAAUCGCACUUGCCACAAAUCGAUACACGCCAAUCGGAAAUUAUCUAUGAGCCGGAAACGGAAACCCCGAAGCCGGAAGCGCUAACGCAAGCGCCGGAACUGAAAACCAGCAGACUGGAAACGUCGACUUUGGCUUUAACAACACCCGAGGAAAGGGCUAAGAAUUUAGCGAACAAAGUCUUGAGAAUUUACAAUGAUAAUUACCAACUGAUCAAAGAUAAACUGAAGACAACGCUUUCGCCGGGCGCUUAUAUAAAGCCAUUUUUGGAAGCAGAUGCUUAUACGCCAAGGGAACCCGAGUAUAAAAUAUCUAAUCGCCCUACGAAAGCCAAAAUAGCACCGCAUCCAGAAAUAUCUAAACCUUACACUGCUACUGGGAAGCCGCCGAAAAUACCUGACAUCAAACAGAACUUAGCUGAUUCCUUAGAAAGCGAUUAUGAUGUAACGCUUAAUGAAGCGAUAACACCCAAUGUUCCACAAGUUAACGUUAGAGUUCCAAGCGGUUUCGUUAUACCAAAUAGGGACUACUCUUUCUCUAGAUUCGGGAAUAGCUACCAUCAUUUGGAACCCCAAUAUGCGGCUUCGGAAUUGAAAAGCUAUCAGUUAGUCAAACGCCCCCAAGUUAGCGUAAGGACCCCCAAUAGCUACUAUUUACACCCUCAAAGGGUCGUAGGGUUCCAAGAUGACGGGGUCCAUAGAUAUCCGAGGCAACUGAUGUACAGACAGGUAGGAAAUUAUUUUUAAAAUUGUGAUUUUUCUUUAUUAUAUUGGUAACCUUUGAGAGAUGUCAAUUGGUUUAUACGAAAACCUGUGAGUGUGUAUUCUUAAGAAAUGUAUUUUUCAUAUAUAUUUUUAUUUCUUAUUUUGUUUUUUUUUUUAAUAUUUUAUUAUUUCUCAAUAUGCCUUACAGGUUUUUGUUGAAAAUUGAGGUACUUGUAUGUAGUACUUUUAAGUAUGGAAUAGUCAUUUUUUGAUGUGAAAUUAAGAAUAAUUAUUUAAUUUAAAAAUUUAUAAUUGUAAAAUAAAUAUUUGUAUUAUAAUAAUUAAUGCGUCACACAACCACAAUUAUAUUAUUUUAAUUAUUUUACAACGAACACAAAAUAUGACAUGAUUUAUUUAAUUAUUUUUAAUUUUCUUUUCUUUUUAUUAAAGUCAACUACGAAAGCAAACGAACACGAAAAGUCGUUCUUGGUUUUGUAUUAUUUAAAGUAUAUUUUCACACUUUAAAAUUCAGCAUGUAAAUGCAAGUAAACAAAAAAUAAAUUAUUUCACAUCGACAUUUAAGUAAUUAUAUUUAUGGAAAAACUGAACAAAAAAAACACAAAUUAUUUCUCUCCUUUUACUGCCAAUUUAUUUCUAAGUUUAAAAAUAAGAUAAUUAUGAAAUAUAAAUAUAAUACUCUAGUUACCCGUGGUAAGAUUAAGAGUCGAAUUUUUCAAAGGUUACCCAAGAAUGUGUUUAGUUGAACAAAUUUUAUUGUCAAAAAAUAUUAAAUAAAAAUUUUGUUUUAUUAUAAGUAUAUUAUUAUUUAUAAAAUAAAAAAAAAUCAUGGCAUUAAUGCUUGCAAAUUCAAUUAGUAACAAAAAAAUAUAAAAAAAAAUGAAUAAGAAAAUUUGUUUAACUGAAUAAUGACAACGUGUAGGUGUCAAAUUGUAAAUUUUUAUAAUUUUAAAUAUUACUACUUUAUGAUGUAAGUGAAAUUAAAAAUACAAAAAAUCCAUAAAAAAAUGUCGUAUUUAUUUCUACAUUUAAACUUAACAUGAAUUAAAUAAAAUAUUU